AUGAGAAGUCAGCUGACUAAGUUGACUCAGACCUUGAGUGUUAGAGAACCAAGGAAGUUUCCCUCACAACCAAGUCCGAACCCCAUAGGUCAAGCCCAUAGGGCCGAAGGGUCAUCUAGUGAGAAUCAUGAACAAGUCCAGUCUGUCACUGUCCUUAAGAGUGGGAAAGUAAUUGAGAAACCUGAGGACCCUAGGACAGUGUGGCCUACCACUAGUAAAAAAGACCAAGGGCAUUAUGAAAUGAAUAAUGAGGAAGUGAAUAAAGGAAGUAAAGAGGUCAAAAGAAAAAUCAAUGUGCGGGAAAAAACAUUCCUGACGGAACAAGUAAGUGCUAUCCUUCAAUUCAAUACCCCUCCAAAGUACAAGGACCCAGGAUGUCCUACCAUUACUUGCAUAAUUGGAAGCCAAAAAGUCGACCAAGCACUUCUUGACCUAGGGGCUAGUGUCAAUCUGUUGCCUUUCAGUGUCUAUCAGCAGCUAGGGUUGGGAGAACUCAAGCCCACUAGGGUCACUCUUCAAUUGGAUGACCAAUCAGUAAAAGUUUCUCGCGAGAUUGUGGAGGAUGUCCUAAUCCAAGUGGACAAAUUCUAUUUCCCAGUGGACUUUAUUGUCUUAGAUACCCAGCCCCACCAGGGUCCUCAGUCGCCUAUUCCCGUUAUCCUAGGGAGACCAUUCCUUGCUACUUCGAAUGCUAUCACCAAUUGUAGGAAUGGGAUCAUGAAACUAUCAUUUGGGAAUAUGACGGUGGAGAUGAAUGUUUUCAAGGUAGCUAAGCAACCAAAUGAUGAAAUGGAAUUGGAGGAAGUUGAUUUAAUCCAGACCUUAAGUGAAGAAUACUUUGAGAAGGCUCUUUAUGAGCAUGUUAUUUAUAAUUUAUAG